AUGGGUCCCUGUACGGCCUCCCAUUGCUGCUGUCUCCAUCGCCACACUCUGCCAUGUGCCACUUUCAGGUCUCCUCACACUGCUGGUGUGUUGAAUUUUUUGACAUAGGGUGCUGGCAGAUUACGGGCCUCCCAUAGCUGCUGCCAGGCCCCUAAUCUGCCAUGGGCCCUUAUACCGCCUCCUCAUGCUGCUGCCAAGUCCAGAGUCUGUCAUGGGUCCCUGUACGGCCUCCCAUUGCUGCUGUCUCCAUCGCCACACUCUGCCAUGUGCCACUUUCAGGUCUCCUCACACACUGCUGGUGUGUUCAAUUUUUUGACAUAGGGUGC